AUGGCAAACAAUGAGAAGUGGACAAUAAUACAGAGGCGGUUUAAUGGUUAUGUCAGUUUUGACCGUACGUGGAAGGAAUAUAAGAGAGGAUUUGGUUCUGUUAGUGGUGAAUAUUGGCUUGGUAACGAAAAUAUUCAUCAAAUAUCCUCAUCCACCAGCCAUAAGUUAUCGAUUUAUCUAGAAGAUUUUACAGGAAAAUUUGCAUAUGCAAAUUACUCUGUCUUCGAUCUUGGUGACCAGAAUAGAAAGUAUCAACUAAGGAUUAAUGAGUUUUCAGGGACAUCUGGUUUAAGUGAUUCUCUAACAAGCACUCACAACACGUAUAUGUUUACCACUAAAGACCAAGACAACGACGUUCAUAGUAGUUCAAACUGUGCUGUAUAUGAAGGUGGUAAUGGAGGAUGGUGGUAUAGUAACUGUGCAAAUGUUAAUCUGAAUGGACCUUAUAGGGCAGGACCUGUACAAAAUCGAACAGCCAUGUUCUGGAUAAACUGGCCAUCGUCUUACUACUCGCUGAAAAAGUCUACAAUGAUGAUAAAAAGGUUUCAGAAAAGACCGCUAUCAUAA